UUCCAUUUUUCGUUUUAUAAUUUGUUUGCAGGAUCUCCACUCCACCCGACGUUCCUUUCCCCGCAACUUUUGGUUGCCACGACCAGAUCCAUUCCGGACGCCCUCCCUUCAUUCCACUCCUCCCUCAUCCUCUCCACUCCUCCUUCCAUCUCCCGUUCCGUCCGUCAGUCGCCGGAGGCGUCCGCCGCCGGUUUUUGCGAUUCAUUGUUGGUUGUUGCCGCAGAUUUUGGUGCGUGGUGGAGGGCUUUCGAUUCGAGCCGUCUCGCCCAUCUCUGGGGCGGCUGCUCGCCUCCCUCGACUGAGCCUGAACCCCCACAGAGCAGGGGAACAGGGUAUGCCCCCGGCUUAAUCAAAUGGGGUCUUUUUUCACCAGGACUGGCGUCCUGCCGUGGCUCCAGAGCAAGAUUGUUGAUCCCGUCCUGCAGGUCAUCAGAAGGGGAGCAGAACCCAAGCAACUGGCCUUCUCUGCUGCCCUUGGAAUCACCAUUGGAAUCUUUCCAAUAUGUGGGACCACUGUUAUUCUUGGCGGUGUUGCUGUAGCAAUGUUGGGAAGCCGUUGCAAUGCCGUUACUGUUAUGGUUCUAAAUUUGGCCGCCACUCCUCUUGAGCUAAGCUUGAUCAUCCCUUUCCUGCGUUUGGGAGAAGCAAUCACAGGCAGCGGGCACUUCCCCUUGACUGCCGAUGCGUUGAAGAAUGUCCUCACCGGCCAUGCCUCAAAGGAUGUGCUGCUGAGCAUCGUCCAUGCGAUGCUAGGAUGGCUGAUUGCUGCACCAUUUGUACUGGGCGUAUUGUACAUGGUUUCGCUCCCAUGUUUCAAGGUCCUGGUGGAUAGGUUCGGCGGCAUUCCUUCAAGCCCCAGGACACCGAUAAAGGCAGUGUAACUAGCAUGGCGUGCCCAAUGCUCCUGAAGCUGUGUGUACAAUUAAUUCUUUGUGAUGCCAGCAGGUUGAGAUGGGUUUCCUGCAUCAUGUUGCUCGGCCAUCCAUCCCAGGCACUGGCGAAUAAUUAGACCUUGAGCUGAUAGGCAUAUGUUGUAUCCUCUGUAGUCUGUAAUUCUGUAUGCUGGCUUCAUGAUCAUAUAGUGAGAUCUGAGAUGUGUAUUUCUGAAUUUGCAAAGUCUGGAUAAAUAAAGAUUGGAAGCACUAGGGCCAUGGAAGCACCACAAUAUGAACUGCAGCCGUGGCGGGUCAGCUAAAUUUUCCGUAGGCACUGUACUGUACAUGCUCGUUGUUAGGAAUUCAGGAGAAAUAAGAAACAUCUCAUUGAAAGUUCUAGCGCUCCA